AUCCCCGUCUGGAGAGAUUAAUUCUUUAUGAUAACAACCAUUUAACAGAGAUCACAGCAUUGCCAGUAAACCUUAAACAUCUGAAAUUACGGGGGAGUGCAAAGGUGGAGGAGCUUCCGAGCUUAGCACGAUUAACUUCUCUCAGAGAGUUCGAAGUAGAAGGCUUCGACCGAAUUGAGAAAAUUGAAGGUUUACAACAUUGCACAAGAUUGGAAGAAUUGAAACUACACACCUGCUGGGAGGUGCUGGGCAUUGGAAGUUUGGAGCAGAUGGAAAAUUUGAGGAAACUGGAACUGAGAGCAAACAAGGGAUCACCCAUUCAAAGUUGUAUUCAAACAAUACAGGAAUGGCCAGAGGAAAUGAUAAUAUGUAUGCCAGCGGUUCCUAAUGCGUCCUCACUUGUAGACUCCUUCAAACUUGGCCUCUCACCGAAUCUCUCUCUCGUUGACACGGAUUCAGAAUUGGUGGUGCAGAACCAUUCCUUCAAUGGCAAUGCUAUUAUGUGCUGUUUUGUUAUAAGUCGUGCAAACAAUGGCUCUAAUUUAAUGCCUGAAAAUAUUUGUUUAGUGCGUCGUUUUGUAAACAGCGGCGGUUAUAGUUUAAUAUCGAGGAUGAAGAUCGGAGAGGGUAGAUGGGUGGUGAUAGGGGUCUUCCCAGACCGUUGCACAUGGAUCGCUGGAAAUGAAAUAAUCCACAUCUCAUCUUUGAAAGAACCACGAGCAAAAUUGGAAGUGGAGAGAGGUUUGUGUGUGAAAGGAGAAAAGCAAAAACUAGUGGUGGAGGCAUUAUUGCCACUUUUACAAACCAUUUCUACCUAAUAUUAAUUUUAUAUAAUAUUAUAUUUAGGAUGAAAGUGUGGACUUAAAAGAGGUGUUCAGUUCUAUUUGACAAUAAAUAUUUUAUUAUAUAAUGUAUAAUAGAUUUUAGUCUUGUGAACAUCACUUGGAUGUAAUGAGUGUUAAGUGGACCAUUCAUUCUUAUAAGAAAUGCGUUCUUGUGAACCAA